CAUCAGUACCUGAAAAUGCCAGUUUUGGUCACAGUUAUCAUGGCCAGAUAUAAAUCCAUAAAAGAAGUGUUCAAGUUCUGCAAAUUGUUUUCUCCUUAUCACAAACAGAGUUUGUUAUUAUCUGAAGGACUUCCCUGCUUUAUUUCAACAAAACGAAGUAUGUCAUCUCAGAAAUUUUCAUUGCCAGAAAGAUUUACUGGAUCUGAAUCUAGUGUUUGGGUUGAGUAUAUUCAACUAGCUUUGGAACAGAAGCCAUUAAAUCUUGGCCAAGGCUUCCCAGACUUCGCAGCUCCAGACUAUGUGACCAAGGCGCUGGCAGAAAUAUCAAGUGGAGAGAAUGUUCUACUGCACCAGUAUACACGAGGCUUUGGCCAUCCUCGUCUGGUAGCAGCUCUAAGCAAACUCUAUUCUCAACUGAUUGGUCGAGAGCUAAAUCCCCAGACUGAAAUCAUCGUCACGUCUGGAGCAUACGAGGCACUGUUCAGCUGUAUCCAGGGUCACACAUCACCUGGUGAUGAGGUCAUCAUCAUUGAGCCGUUUUUUUUCGACUGCUAUGAACCCAUGGUGCGCACUGUCGGUGGAAUUCCAGUUUUCAUCCCACUCCGUACGAGGAAGCCUGCUCCAGGCAAGCCCAUGAUGUCCAGUGAUUGGGUUUUGGAUCCUGAAGAACUGGCAUCGAAAUUCAAUUCCAAAACUAAGGCCAUCAUCGUCAACACACCACACAACCCUGUUGGAAAGGUGUUCAAUCUGGAGGAGCUCACCCUGAUCGCUGACCUCUGCAAGAAGUGGGAUGUCCUCUGCAUCUCUGAUGAGGUCUAUGAGCAUAUGGUUUACAAGCCAUUCAAACAUAUUCGAAUGGCCACUCUGCCUGGCAUGUGGGAACGCACCGUCACUAUAGGUUCUGCUGGAAAGACGUUCAGUGUAACUGGCUGGAAGACGGGAUGGGCGUAUGGACCUGCGCCACUCAUACGAAACCUCAUGAUUGUGCACCAGAACUGUGUCUACACCUGCUCCACCCCUCUGCAGGAAGCAAUAGCAAUGGGGUUCGAGCUAGAGUUGACCCGCCUGGGACAGCCGGAAUGUUACUUUGAGAGUCUGCCGAGGGAGUUGGAAGCCAAGAGAGAUUAUAUGGCCAAGUUCCUGAAGGAUGUGGGGAUGGAGCCCACAGUGCCAGAGGGUGGCUAUUUCAUGUUGGCAGACUGGACAGACUUGGCCAAGAAGAUCGAUCUCAGCAGUGAAAAUGAUAAGUAUAAGGACUACCAGUUCACAAAGUGGAUGUCGAAGAAUGUAAAGCUGCAAGGUAUUCCUCCAUCUGCAUUCUACAGCGAGGCCAACAAAUACCUUGGGGAAAAUUUUGUUCGGUAUUGUUUCAUCAAGAAAGAUGAAAACCUUCAGAAAGCAGCUCAAAUUCUCAAGACAUGGAAAGAUACAAUAUCGAAAUUGUAGUAUUAGUAACAAGAACAAUACUCCAAGUCUCCACCAUGUAUCCAGAGCCACCUUCUUGCUGAACAGUGACCAUACUGCAGAACAGAACACUGCUCAUGGAACACCGAUUAAAAUGUGUACAAGGCCAUGUAGAUAGAUAAUAUCUAUUAAAUUUCAGUAACAGUCCAUGUGUUAUAAGUAAGUUUAUAUAAAAUCAAAUAUUAGUUUGACUUCAUAAAAGUAAAGCUAUAAUUGUAAUUGUGAUAAGUAUAAAACUGCUACAAGAGGAUCGUUUAUUUAACACAAUUUAUUUUGCAUUUUUCGACUUUACAUUUUUUGAAAUGAGUUGUAAUUAUUUAUUUACUGUACUGUUCUUGACUCCAAUAUUGUCUCGAUUUUUAUUAUUUAUUUGUUGGUUAUGAAGGCAUCAUCAUAAUGUGAUAAUAAUUGUAAUGGUUUGUGAUAGUGAGCUUUUAUUUACAGAUGAAAUGAUGUUGGAGGAUUAUUACUUACCUUUGUGUUAAUAUACUAUUAUAAAAAACAAAUAUUGUUUUUAGGAUGAUGAGGUUAUAAAUAAAUAUAUUUUAAAUAAA